UCCAACCUACUAGAUUGUGAAUGUGUUCGUCUCAUAACCUCUGAAAUUUGCAUUUUGAAAUUUCUGGAAUUCUUCAAAAGCGCUUGGAAGAGACGGCUUUGUUGGCCGACAUCGGAUUCUCUACGACUGGCUGCAUACUCAUUCCAAAUCUGUUCGAGAUCGGUAACUGCUGGUUACAUCCAUAAAGUGUGUGGGUCAUGCAGACCACUUGCAUAGUAAUGUAAUGAAUAGCUGUGGGAGCUCUAAUACUAGCACUACGAGGCUACGUGGAUCCAAGUACGUUGAGGCUCAAGAGGAGCCUAUAAAUCAAGGAGGAGGAAUAAACAAAGAAGACAACAGUGUGAUAAGUGGUUAUAGCGAUUUUAAUGUACCACGUAACACUCUGGUCAUUUGUCAGCGAACGUCCAACUACUCGUCAGAUCACGGCUAUACUAGAUUCAAACCAAGGUUCCCCACGCUCAGCGGUGUACCACGAAAUGAGUUUCGAAUGGCGCGUGGUAGCAGCAAUGCAGACCGUGCCAGAGGUGGAGCACGUGGCGGUGGUAGGGCCUUCAAGAAGACCCUCAACGAUCGCGAGUCAAAUUCAGAGUCUGGCUAUCUCUCUUCAUCUAGACCCAAGUUUCAAGAAUCGUUGAAAAACCAAGAGAAUUCACAGGGCAAAUAUUACGAUGAUAAAAGAAUAAACGAGGAUUCAAGAAUUUCCAAGCUCCUGCGCCGAUUGUGCCGCGAAGAUGAUUACGAUCACUUCAUGGCAUUUUGCAAACAAGUACAGGAAGGUAUCAUGGCACCUGAAAAUCAACGAUACAUACGACGGAACUUAGAGUUUAUAUGCGACAGUCUGUUGGACAUUCUGCAUUCCGGCCCUGGUCAGGAAGCAAAGCAGCAAGUUGCGAGAUGUUUGGGUCGAAUUGGAUAUGUGGUAGAUCAAGAUUUCAAGAGUUACAUGGACUGGACCUUCAACAAGUAUUCCUUAGAACAUAAAGAUGAUGUAAAAUGCCUACUAAUGAAGUCACUUAUUGAAACACUCAAGAUGGACUCGGAGACGUCGAAAUUGAAAGAUUUCUCCAUACCGAUGAUGUCCCAAUUACAAUCGAUACUGGAGAACGUUGAUAGACCGGAUUUACUCGUGGCGACGGUGGACGCUAUAUUACUCAUCAUAGAUGCAUACCCGACGACUUUCACGAACCACUUCCGUGAUACGGUGGACAUACUGGUGGGCUGGCACAUCGAUUCCACGCAGCAGAAGUCGGUGGUCGCCUACGCCAGCCGAUGCUUGCAAAAGUUGCGUACGUUUUGGAUCGCGGAUCUGCAGUUCACACUUACGUUGCUGGGCCAGUUCCUCGAAGACAUGGAGAGUUACGACGAGGAACUGAGUCAACCGCCGGCGGACUCCGGCCGUAGCUCGCCCGGGGACGAUGCCGGCACCCCGACGUCGAGAGAAUGCAUUCUACGGAUCACCUCGUUGAUCUCGGUCUUCAACACGGUCACGAAGAGCAUAUCCGAAAACCUGAAUCCGAGUAUCACGCCCAGCGUGCAGUGGUCCUUCCUGACGGAUUGCCUGUCGAAAAUGUUGAAGACCGUCGUGAAGGCGAUCGAGCUGGAGGAAGAGAACGACUGGUCGAAGGCCGACAACGCCGAGAGCUUGAUCAAGCGCGCGAGGAACGUGAGCUCGUCGCAGCAACACGCCGAGGUGCUCUCCAAGCAUUUCAGCAAGGACGAGAUCACCGAGGAGAAUCUCGUUAAAAUGAUCAAGUCUAUGACGGUGACGAAGAAAAACGAUAAGAAGAACUCGACGAUACCUUCCGAUUCGAGGGAGCUGCCCAAGGAGAAGUUCCUGAUGAACCUGCUGCGAUCGAUGGAGCCGAAGACGAGGCGAGAAAUCGAGGAGCUGUCGGAAGAAAAGGAGGAACUGAUCGUGGUCGCGAACGAGUGCGCUUAUUUGCUUCUGGGCUACCUUCAGAGCCGCAUCACCAAGAAUCACGAGCUCCUGUAUAAUUUUAUUGACCUACAGUUACAGAGAGUCGAUAUCUUUUGGGACGAGACCAUUAUCUCGAUGUUGACCACGAUCUCGAAGAUAAUCAAGGAGGUGUCCGCGAAUCUGCCGCUGGAACUGGUGCACAAGCUGCUCGGCAAGAACUCGACGCUGUUGAAGCUGCGAUUCAGGAACUCCACUUCCAUUCAGAACGCGAGCCUCGGGGUGUACCACAGUCUGCUUAGUCUGAAAAACAUCCCGUUGCUGCAGGAAUCCUAUCGUUACAUACUGGCCGAUCUGGAAAUCGCUUAUAGGCUCGUAUUGCCGGACAUGGACAGUUUAGUCCUGGAUAAUCCACUGGACGACUUAGCAUAUGUGAAAAGCGACGUCGUGAUCGUAGUCACGUUCAUAUUGCGCGCUCUUUCAGAUAUAGCCAACGCGAGCAACUCGAUCAUCGGAAUGUGGGCGUUGAAACCUAGUAUUCUGGAACUCCUCGCGGUCAAGCUGCGACCUUACGACACCACGUUGUCUACGAGCAACCCGUUUUUGCAGUACAGCAUUUUGUAUCUGCUCUACGCUCACUGUUCCAGGUACAAUCACUUCGUCCCAAGUUCCAGUUUGAUAAUGGGCACCACCGGGUGCCGGCAACUCGACAUGUUCCCCGGGACUUUGGACGUGCCGACGACGUCGCCCACCAGCGGCCACCUGUCCGUCAUCCUCAACCUGAUAGCGAAAACAUACAGCAGAAACACGCCCGUUCAGACGCUGCAACUUCUGUUCAACUGGAUGCAAGAGAUCUGCGCGCAGUCCGAAAAUUACAUCGGGAUCUUGAGUAAGACGCAGGAGUGCGAGAACAUCAUCGCAAGUCUGAUCAAUUGCGGCGCCACGACCAACAAUGAAAUCUCCGGCGCAGUGUGCGACCUCCUCGAAAUCCUGAUGACCGCGAAGAACGUGCGGUGGAAACAGGAGACUUAUUCGAGCAUCGUGGAUCUGGCGAUGUUGCAUUUAACGUCCUGCGACAAAACGGUCCGCGAGAAGUACAGCUCGUUGCUCAUGCAUAUGCCCGUCAACAUCGUCAUACAGAAGCUGAACAGGGAAUGCUUGUUCUCGGACACCAAGAAAAUACGAGAAAUCGAGACAUAUUCGACAGAGUCGUUAGUACUCGCUCAGCGACUGCACAUGCGAGGUAAUAAUAAUGGGGAACUAUUGGCGCAACACUUCAAGACCUACAUGAUGUCCUUGUUGCAAGAGCACUAUCUCGAUGUGUCCGGUUUAUCAGAAAUCUUCACUUUGUGCUGGCCAGCUGUAUCGGAGAGCGAGACUAUGGCGAGGAUGUACCACAUGUCCCUGGCGAACUGCUCGUUCCUGUUCUUUUGGAGCGGCUUCGAGGCGGCGCAGCACUGCGUGGCGAACAAGCUGCGUACUUACCUGGGGAAGCCUCAGGAGACGUUCACGUCGAUCGAGGGCGCCCUGAAGAUUCUCGCUCGCGAGGUGUCGUGCAGCCCGGACGCGGUGGUGAAGAAAGAGAGACACGGUUUGGAGUACAUCCUGCACGAGCAGACGCGCGUCAGGCUGUUCGUGGAGUUCCUCGAGCAUCUCGAGAGGGUGAUCCACAACGCGGCGGACGGCUGCGCGAUGGUGCUGCUGCCGCUGUCGAAGCCGGUGCGGACCUUCUUCCACACGAACAAGUCGACGUGCAAGGAAUGGCUGAAUCGCAUACGACUCGCCCUGUGCGUGGUCUCGCUGCAUUCCGGCUUGGCGACGAGCGCAUUGCGGAACGGGCAACGUCUGCUGGAAGACCUGAGCAACGCCGACAACACCCAAGGCGUCGAGUUCGAGCGGGCGACGCUGUGGACGGCUCAGGCGAUGGUGACGUUGGCCGAAGCGGAGGCGUUGCAGGGCCUCUACGUCUACACGAAGGAGAAAGACCGCAAGUUCCCCUGGCUGAAGGCAGCCAUGGAGGAGGCGGCCGGGCACUACGAGUCCGCGGCGGACAGUUACAAGCAGAUCGUCGAGGAGCGGGCGGACGAGGAGGCGAAGAGCGAGAGCGACAACCAGGUGUUGGGUUUCUGCAUGCAACGACUCGCGAACUGUUACAAAUCCACGAGCGACUGGUCCGGCUUGGAGGCGUGGAAGUUGCAGGAGGCCGACAUGCUGGCGCAGGAGAAGGACGGUCUCUCGUUGAAGAAGCAGCUGGUGGAAAACGUGACGUUGCAGCAGGCGAGCUGCCUGAAGAAGUUCGAAGAGGGCGAGCCGGUCUCCCUGGACGAGUUGACGGACUGGAACCUGCUGGACCUGGAGAACAAGAGCAACUGGAGCUGCGCGCGCACCCUCGUCGAGUGCGGCAACAGUCUGACGAAGGCGGCGCUGCAGAUCCGCGCGAACGCGAGCGAGUCGGUCGAGCGGGAGAUCGGCAGGUGCCAGAAGCUCGCGGCGAAGAUGAUGCAGGACGGGCUGCGGAACGUGCCGUCGGAGCACCUGAGCGAAGCGAUCCUUCUUCAGUACUCGGCGACCGGGUUGAGGAAUCUGCUGGUGGCCGGCGACUCGAACGUCUUCGAGCUGUACAAGGCCGACAAGAUAAACGACAUAAACUCGUGCAUCCUGACGCAGGUGUUGUGGUGGUCGGAGUACUUCGGUCAGUCGUGCGAGAACCGCGCGGAGGUCGACGCUCUGCGGCUCCACGUGAUCCGGGCGGCACGGAAGGAGGGUAACUUCCACCUGGCGAAGCGGGAGAUGGUGAAGUACUUCAAGGGUCUGUUCCAAGCGAAGAAGUUCACCGGCGGCUUCGCCGAGAUCACCAACUGCGUGCUGAGCGAGCCGAUCCGCGUUAAGUGGACGAAGAACAGCAUGCGCGCCUUCCGGGAGUUCUCGAAGCUGCUCUACGACAUGGAGAAGACGGGCGAGGCUCUGAAGAUGUGCUGCGUCACCUCGCUGGGGAUCUCCCAGGCGAUCGUCGGCGGCGAGCAGUCCGCCUACGAGCUGCGCGAGACCGGCACGAAGCUGCUGCUCACCCUCGGCAAGUGGAUCCAGCAGGACAUUAACGUGAGCGAGAAUCCGCAGUUGGAGGAGCUGCUCCGCUUCGAGGCGGUGCACAACGACGGCUUGAUGAACAAGCUGUUCGGCGACACGGUCGACCUCAUCCCCACCUCCGACAUGAUAAUCGGCAAGCUGAUGCAACUGGGCGUGAACCAGUGCCCGGAUCUGCCGCUCGCCUGGUCCAGUUUCGCCGCCUGGUGCUACAAGUGGGGCCGGAAGAUCGUCGACAACUCGAACUCCGGCCAGUUGACCGACACCGACAGGAUGAAGAUUCGCUCGCUCUUGCCGGUGGAGAUCGCCGAGGCCGAGGUGAACACCGUCUUCUCCAUACUGAGCCAGAACAAGACGAUACACCCGGAGGACGAGGGCGACAUCGACACGAACGACAUCAAUACGUCCGACAUGAUAGAGAACCAGCUGCGAAACGUGCCGGUGCUGAGUCGCGCCAGCAACGAACACCUCGGCAUGCUGGUCGACAUCUGGCGGCAAGCGCAGAAGAGGAUCUACUCGUACUACGAGCUCUCGGCGAACGCGUACUUCAAGUAUCUGCAGCUGACGAAGAACGAGAGCAACGAGUGCGACACGAUCACGGCGACCUUGAGACUGCUGCGGCUGGUGGUGAAGCACGCGCUGGAGCUGCAGGACGUGCUGGAGGCGGGUCUCUCGACCACCCCGACCACCCCGUGGAAGCAGAUCAUCCCGCAGCUCUUCUCGAGGCUGAGCCACCCCGAGGCGUACGUGAGGACCCAGGUGUCGGAGUUGUUGUGCCGGGUCGCGGAGAACUCGCCGCAUCUCAUCACCUUCCCGGCCGUGGUCGGCGCCGUGUCCGGCCGGGAGAAGAAGGCCUACGACAAGGUGAUCUACGAGGACGACGCGGAGAAUUCGCAGAACGAGCUGGAGCAGUACAACGGGCAGGAGGACAACGACGAGCACGAGAGCUUCAUGGACUCGUGUUUCUCCCAGCUGGUGGAUUGCCUCUCCGGCCGCAUCCAGGACUCCGUCGUCCAGGUGAAGGUCCUCGUCAGGGAACUCAGGAGGAUCACACUGCUGUGGGACGAGCUGUGGCUGGCGACCCUCUGCCAACAUCACACGGAGAUCACGAAGCGAUUCGAGCAGCUGGAAAUCGAGAUCCAGCGGGUCCAGGACAACGUCUGGCUCGCGCCCGAGGAGAAGAACAAGCUGAUCGCGGAGAAGCACAGGAUCAUCCUGAAACCGAUCACCUUCAUCCUGGAGAAUCUGCUCUCCAUGACGUCCGUGCCGGCCGAGACGCCGCACGAGAGGAACUUCCAGGAGAAAUUCGCCGGCACUAUCGAGGACGUGAUCAACCGGCUGAACAACCCGAAGAACCCGGUGAAGUCGCAGCUGGCCAGCGUGCCGCUGAAGCACCUGGAGGCGAAGCUGGCCCAGCGUGUGCACCGACGGGCCGCUUAUUCCUUAUUGAUGACCGAUAUCAGUCCCAUCCUGGCGAAUCUGAAAGACACCUGCAUCGCCAUGCCGGGCGUCGCCGCCGUCGACAACAAGGUCGUUACGAUCAUGUCGGUGAACAACAACGUACAGAUCCUGCCGACGAAGACGAAGCCGAAGAAGCUGAUAUUCCACGGCUCGGACGGCCACGUUUACACCUACCUGUUCAAGGGCCUGGAGGAUUUGCACCUGGACGAGAGGAUCAUGCAGUUCCUCAACAUAUGCAACACGAUGAUGUCGAAGAACAGCGGGACGAAGGCGUACAGGGCGCGACAUUACUCCGUGAUACCACUGGGCCCCCGAUCCGGCCUUAUUCAGUGGGUCGACGGUGUCACGCCGUUGUUCAUACUGUACAAACGUUGGCAGCAGCGCGAAUGCGCCAUGAACAACAAGACCGGCGGCAAUUCCGCCAUCAUGCGGCCGUCCGAGUUAUUCUACAACAAGCUCACGCCGUUGCUGAAGGAGCGCGGAAUCGGCCUGGAGAAUCGCAAGGAGUGGCCCAUUCAGGUGCUGAAGCAGGUACUCACCGAACUGAUGAACGAGACCCCGAAGGACCUACUGGCUAAAGAAAUCUGGUGCAACAGCAUCAAUGCCGGCAGCUGGUGGCAAGCCACCAAGAACUACUCGUAUUCCGUCGCGGUGAUGUCUAUCAUCGGCUACAUCAUCGGGCUGGGGGACAGACACUUGGAUAACGUUCUCGUCGAUCUCAACACCGGCGAGGUCGUACAUAUCGAUUACAAUGUCUGCUUCGAGAAAGGGAAGACAUUGCGCGUCCCGGAGAAAGUGCCGUUUCGCAUGACACCGAACAUUAAAGCAGCUUUGGGGGUGACCGGAGUCGAGGGUAUAUUUAGGUUCGCCUGUGAGCACACGCUGCGAGUGAUGCGCCGAGGUCGGGAAACACUGCUCACCCUAUUGGAGGCCUUCGUCUACGACCCCCUGGUGGACUGGCGCGCUGGCGCCGACACCAGCAUCGCGAGCUACGGGGCGUGCCAGGCCAGGGCCAGGUGCACCGGCAUCGGCAGGAAACAGCUGGAGCAGGAGCUGACCCGCGCGAUGUUCGCCGUGAGGACGGCGGAGAUGCGCGCCGAGUGGCUGGCUAACAGGGACGAAUUGUCGAAGACGUUCCCGCUGCUGUGUCACCACCUGAACUGUUGGAUCGAGGCGACCGAGGCGUCUCGUCAGUGCCAGGACUUGCUGCAGGACCGACAUCAGCAGCUCGCGCUGGUGAAGGAAGCUCAGGCGAUGGGCCGGAAUCACGGUUUAUAUUCGGUGGUGAAGCGAUACAACUCGUUCAAGCGGGCGCGAGACGCUCACGAGAAAGCGAAGAACGGCUUGAAGGAGAAGAUAGAGGAGUGCGAGAAGCAGAUCAACAUGCACAACAUCGCCCUGACGACGGUGCGGGGAGCGCAACUGGGCCAGUGGCUGGCGGAAUUGGGGAGCCCGGCCGGCCAGGAGGAACACGUGGUGUUCGAUCUCGUGAAGGAAUUCUUACAGAACGCCGGCCAGAGCCAGAUGAUUCUGCAGUGCGAGCAAUCGGAGAACGAAUUGACGCAGCUGGCCGGCCAGCAGUCGCACUUCAUACGCAGCUGUUUGGAACUGCUGAGCCAGUACUCCGCAAUCUGCAGCCUGUAUCCCAUGAGCACUCUGUCGCAACACCGCACGGUGCUCUAUCACACCUGGGCAAACAAGCUGUUGAUCUCGGGCACCGUCGAGGCCUGUCACGAGGUCAUCGCGCAAUUCGAGGCGAAUCUCGAGCCGAUCAAUCCGAACAGCCCGCAGGUCCAACAGAUAAUCACGUUCUCCUACCAGAUGCAGGGUAUAAUGAACGACUCGAACGAGAAGCUGAAGAAGGCGUACGACAGGAUGGUGUCCGAGGGCCUGCCGGAGGCCGUCAGCAGGAUCGAGAAGGCGUAUACGGAAUCGAAGGGGCAGAUCUCGGGAUUCCUGCGGCGGGAGAAGGGCGCGGAGAGGGCGCUCGAAUGUGUCAACAUCACCGCGCUGUGCGCCUUGAACAAGAGGUACCUGAUGAUGGAAGGCGCGGCCAAGUGCGCCGGCGACUGCCUGGUGGAUCUCACCAGCCGUGAGGGCGACUGGUUCCUCGACGAGAUGCGGCUGAUGUCGUCUCUGAUCGCCGAGCUGGUCACCCUGAUACCGGAGAGCCACAAGAGCAACAACGACCCGAAGAUCUCGCUGAUACUGAAGUGCCUGAAGAGCGCCGACUGCAUCUACAAGGGUCUGCAGGAGCUCAACUACAACUUCCAGACUAUAAUACUGCCGGAGGCGAUGAAGACCAUCAUCACGGAGGAGCCGAGCGUCAUGCGGAUGAUCAGCGAGCUCAGCGAGAUCGUGCUGACCGGGAUACCGCCCGGCGACAUCCUCGCCCAGCUGGAGAUACACCUGAGAUUCACCGUCAUGGAGAUGGAGAGCCCGCAUGCGCUGGUGCAGGGCUUGGUGACCAACAUGAGGAUGCGCUUCGAGGCGUUACUGUCGCGGCCAGCGGAGGGCCUGCAGGACCUCAACCAGGAGGAGACCCUGACGCCGGGCCAGAUGCUGUUGAUGGGCUUCAACGGCUUGUUCGAGAAGCUGCAGAUGGAGGGUAACGCGUUGGUAGCCACGCUGAGCUCCCUGGACAUCCCGGUGAAUUGGAAGAAGAUCGACCAGAUACGAGAGGCCAAGGAGAUGUCGGCGCCUAUCUUUAACAAGGCGGCCCGACAGGUCCUCGAGGAUAUAUUCUUGAUCAAAAGAUUACACACUAUACAGGAGUUCUUCAUGAUGUGCAGGGACAUCGCUACCGCGUUUAAGGGCGGCAUGACGAAUGUGUACGACGACGAGCAGCUCAACAAGCCGGUCCGCGUCUUUACCGCCGAUUACGUGUCGAGGCAGUUGCUCGGAGUGACGUCGCAGACGCUGGCGAUCGCGUUGUGCUUCCUGCUGCAGCGAAUGGGUCUCAACGUCACCACUGAGAUCGAGCAGCGGGAUAUCGGGGCGGAGAGCAAGGUCUCGAUAGAGGAACUCUGCCGGAAAAUCGUCGACCUGUGCCUGAAGAGAGGCUUGUUCUCCGGCUCGGUCUUGGCUCAGGCGGGCGCUCUAAGCAGCACGUUGGAAAGCGCCUUCAAGCGCAAACAGGGCGCCCGAUUGGCUCAACAAAGCGUCGAGGUGGCUAGAGCCAGUGUACAGAGGCUCCAGCUGCAACUCACGGCUCAUCAUUGGCUGCACGAGGACGUCCUGAUGCUGAGGUCCAACAUGAAUCCGUUGAAUCCUCUGAACCGUUCAGCCUUCAUGCUGGAGCUGCGGAAGACGGCGGCGGCGUUGUCGGCGCUGCAGUCGCGCGUGUGCGAGGCCCGCGAGCAGCAGCAGAAUCUCGUCUCGAGCGCGAUUCAACGGCUGAAGUGGGCCGCCGGUGCGAAUCCGGCGCUGGGCGAGGUGAUGUCGGCGUUCGACAACGCGGUGCUGUCCUCGUGCGAGAAGCUGACCAGACAGCACAAUCUCGCGGCGAUGGUGGUGAACACCUGCAACUCCAUAUUGCACUACGAGGCCUUGCGGACGCGCACCUCGGAGAGCGUGACGCACGACGCGAACUUCGUGAAGCUGACGAAGCACUGGGAGGAAAGUUGCGUGCUGACGGUAAACCUGAACAUCACCGUCACCAUGAUAGAGGAGAGCCUCGUCCAGCUGUUGCAGCUGGAGAACAACGUCGACGCGAAUUGGCUGAAGCAGGCGGAGAAGAUCGUGUCCGAGGCUAUCCUCGAGACACAGAAGAAACUGCAAGACAAACAGGAUACUCUGUACACGGUGCAGGUUUGCUUGAGGGAGCGAGUGGCGAAUUUGCAGAGCGUUCUCACUGAGCAUCACAGACUGAUGUCGGACGUCAGGGUGUUGUUACGGACGAUGGCGAAGCAAGAGAAUAUCGUGGGCCUGCAGGACUUUCUGUCGGCGUACCGGGCGUUCACGGAGAACGUGUCGACGGUGGUGAAGGAAUUGGAGUCGGAGAAGUUCGACACGGCGCGAAGCGUCACGAUCAAGGAGGAGCUACAGGGAUUGGCGAUCAAGGCGCCCGGAUUGUACAAUGAACUGCUGGAGUUCGCGAGCGAGCAGAGACUGAACACGGCGAAGAAUGCGGAGAAAGACAGCCGGAAGAAGAGCAAGCUAGUGAGACAGGACAGCGUGUGCAUGAGCCCGAGGAAAGGCGUGCCGUUGGCGAGAGACCCGACUACGGGAAAAGCUGUGCAGGAGCGGAACGCCUACGCGCUGAACGUGUGGCGUCGCGUGCGCAUGAAGCUGGAGGGUCGCGACCCGCAGCCGUCGCGCAAGUACACCACCGCCGAGCAGGUGGAAUACGUGAUACGCGAGGCUCAAAGCACCGAGAACCUGGCGUUGCUGUACGAAGGCUGGACACCGUGGGUCUGAAGGAACGGCGGCUGGCGCGCGCGCGCCGAUGGCUCGACACUCGUCUCAUAACGGUACUCAAGCGCGUACCGCGUCGCCCUGCGUACUUGCCGUAGUGGCUGCGAUACUCACCCCCGCACUUCGAUACUGUGCAGGCGGUGCUCGUCAUCCGAACCAAGUCACUAGAAAAAGAGUCGGUUUUCAAAGCAGCCUGCACGAGCGCGCGUGAUACGCGGCUCGACCGCCGGUGCGCGACCACACCGUGCCGGCUCGCUGCUGAUUCCGUCGUUGUUCCGACGAGAGAUCGUGGCUCGGUUUAUUCGCGAACGGACGACGAAGCUCUCCUUCUCGUUCGUUUCUCACGGGGACACACACACGCGGACGCUGGACGCGGAUGGCUCGUUUUUGCGGUUACAUCCUCGUGAAUUCAAUCCUUCUUUUCCCUCGGCCGGGAUAUUCUCUCAACGCUUCUGCUAACAUCUUGUGUAAUAAACGGUCUUGUUUGCGAAGGAGAGGAGACGAAAGGAAGGUCGAAUUUACGAGUAUCAUCUGCGAAGGACACGGGAAUGGCGGGAUACUAUGCGGAUAAAUGACUUUAAUUUAGUUGGGAGCCACGGGUUCUUUUUCGGGGGGGAAAAGCGUGGAAUCAGUUAAGCGUCUGUUAAGCUAUAUAGUCAUGUGAAAUUUGACUGACGAUAUUGAUGGAAAGUAAUUGACGAUGAAUGAUGACGAUGGCAAUGCGGUGGUCAUGAUAAUGCAGUCGUGUAAUGGCGUGUCAUCGUGUCGGGAGAGGGAAAAACACAUGCGUCCUCGAACGAGAGAGAUCUCUGUUGCCGGCUCCACCCGGCUAAUCGGCAUCCUCGGGACGUUCGUUGGACGACGUAAUGUUAUAAUUUUAAGCACAUAUACGCGGAUAACCGUAUAUCACAGACAGACUUGACGAUUAAUUCGAUCGGAAAGCAACACCGUCACAGGUACACCAUUGCAGCGUUUACUUUAACAAAACGGAAAGGAGCAAAAUUAUGAACCCGCAACUUAUCCGGGACUACGAAUAGAUUUAUCUCAUUACUAUUAUUAUUAUUAUUAUCAUUAUUAUUAUUAUUAUUGAGUUGUAUGUAACUGAAUAUGUCAAAAGUAUACAUGAAUACAUAUAUACACUUUUGAACACACACACACACACACACACACACACACACACACACACACACACAAACUCGUGAUGCGCGAACGUGUUCAAAAAGAAGUAAUCGAUGAUAUCACGCAAACGAAAGCGAUUUAUCGCCGAUUGAUGUAAUUUCUGAAAUUUACGCAUUAUUGCCACAUAUCGAUCCGUUUUGAAUUUUGUUUUGCCAUUAUUCAAUGAUUUGGACAGGGAAAAAAGAAAUUGAUUAAUUAGCGGGCGAUAAUAUCUCACGAUUAUUUCCUCUGUUUUUUUUUUUUUAUUGCCGUUGCAUACAUAUGGUUGAAUUAUCCUUUUUAAAGAAGAAAUGAAAAGUCUGGCUUAGACAAUUCGUGACAGAAUUUGGAGCAAAAUUAGAUGAUCUAAAGUGAGUUUAAGAAGGAAAUCACGUCAUUUAGUCGCAUCCUACAUAGUCGCUACUUUAUCGUCAAAGUGAAAACGAAAUCGACCAACAUGAUCUUAUAUAAAAAAAAAUAAUAAUAAAGGGAAAAGGGUUCCGACCGUUUCGACUUUUAAAUUCUUUUUAAUCAACGUAGAAUUCUCCUCAUCGAACUUUACACAGCAAACCACUGUUUCGGCGCGGAUAGAUUUUAAUUUGUGUAUUAAAAUUCGAAAGAUUAAAAUUGAUUACGCACCACUUAACAUCAUAUAAUUCCAUGCAAUGUAAAACCCCUACUAUAUCACUUGAUGCAAUGCUGAAGCUAAUAAGAAAAAUCACUAUCGAAACAAACGAAGUGUCUCUCUCUCUCUCUCUCUUUCUCUCUCUCUCUCUCUCU